CUUCUCUUUGAUUUCCUUGCAUUCAAAAAUGACAUCAGUUUUUGGAAGAAAAAGAGGAGCAUGAUUGGGAUGUCUACAAAAGCAGUGCUUUGGCGGUGCUUUAGUACUGUGGUAAUAUUUCUUUUCCUUUUGGAUGAACAAACAAGUUUAUUGGUACUGAUCCCAGCAGGCAUUGGUGCACUGAUUGAGCUCUGGAAAGUGAAGAAAGCUUUGAAAAUGACAAUCAAGUGGCAAGGCUUGAGACCCAAAAUUCAGUUUGGUACAUACAAUGACUCUGAAAAGAAAACUGAGGAGUAUGAUACCCAGGCUAUGAAAUACUUGUCAUAUUUGCUGUAUCCACUGUGUAUUGGAGGUGCAGGUUACUCCUUGCUGAAUGUCAAAUACAAAAGCUGGUACUCCUGGUUGAUUAACAGCUUUGUCAAUGGAGUGUAUGCUUUUGGAUUCCUGUUUAUGCUGCCCCAGCUGUUUGUAAACUACAAGAUGAAAUCUGUUGCACACUUACCGUGGAAGGCUUUCACAUACAAAGCAUUCAACACCUUUAUUGAUGAUAUAUUUGCUUUUAUCAUCACUAUGCCAACAUCUCAUAGGCUGGCGUGCUUUAGAGAUGAUGUCGUGUUCCUGGUCUAUCUUUACCAAAGAUGGCUUUAUCCUGUGGAUAAGAGCAGAGUGAAUGAGUAUGGAGAAUCUUACGAAGAAAAGCCAAAAAAAAAAGCUCAUAGAGAAUAACUAAGAAUUGAAGAAGAUUCUGACCCCUGGACUCUUACUGGCUUCAUGUAUUAUGUGGUCUUAAGGAAGGAAAAACUUAUUUAAUAAGAGUAUUUUUAAAGCUUAUGACAGAACUACAUGGACAAUACAUCUUCUAUAUUGCCAAAAUCUAGUUUUUAUAUCCUCCUAUUUCAAGAUCCCUUUUUGUCCUCAAAAGGUCCAGUCUGCCAGAUGUCAUUAAAUAAACUUCCUGCAUUUAAACUUCUCUUCGGUGAAAACCUAAGUGUCCUGACCAUGGUAAUUAAUAUCCAAAUCCAUGUUUUUAAGACAACUCACUAACUGGAAGUGUGGUGCCCAUGCCACAAGGCUAUGAAAAGUGAAAAAACAAGCCAGUGUGUUACAGCAGAAUCGAGCAUUAUUGCCAAACUGGAGGCUGUCAAAAAUAAAAUGUAUAAUAUUGGA